AUGACAAUGUCGAACGCGACAGUAACGGAGGUGGCUAUGGCGGAGAUGCUAGCGCAGCUGGCGGCGGUUGAGGCGGAGUGGGUGAGCGUAGCGGAGCGCGCGAAGGGCAUCGUGCAUCUGACGACGGGCAUAUGGCGGAUGAUGGCCGCCUUUAUCGUGCUCUUCAUGCAGGUGAUUAGCAGCGUCGCAGAUCUGCCAUCGCCCGUAUCCCUUCCACCUCCUCUUUCCACCUCCUCUUUCCACCUCCUCUUUCCACCUCCUCGUUCCACCUCCUCGUCCACCACCUCGUUCCACCACCUCGUUCCACCACCUCGUUCCACCACCUCGUUCCACCACCUCGUUCCACCACCCAUCCCACCCUCCCAGCUCGGCUUCUCUCUAAUAGAGGCGGGGACCGUUCGUUACAAGAACACGCGCAACAUAAUGAUCAAGAACGUGCUGGACAUGUGUGUCAGCGCCAUUGCCUUCUGGCUCAUCGGCUUUGCCAUUGGCUUUGGGAGUGGCUCUGAUUUCAUCGGCUGGCAAACACCCUCCGGCACGGUGUCGAUGGCAGUGGUGCCCCAUGAGAGCGGGGCGCUAUUCUUCUUCAACUUUGUCUUCUGUGCCACCAGCGCCACCAUCUUUGCUGGUGCUGUGGCCGAGAGGACUCAGAUCACCGCCUACCUCUUCUUCAACUUCUUCCUAGCAGCCAUAAUCUACCCGGUCAUCGCGCAUGUCAUCUGGUCGCACCAUGGGCUGCUCUCAGUGGCACCUGUGCUGCUUUGCUUGCUCCCCAUUGUCAACCCCCCACCUCGCCUCCCUCCGCCCAGCUUCUUCCUAGCAGCCAUCAUCUACCCGGUCAUCGCACACGUGAUAUGGUCGCACCACGGGCUGCUGUCAGCUGAUGCGGGGGACUACGUGCUGGGCACCCGCGGUGUGCUCGACAAUGCCGGCUCCAUGGUCGUUCAUGUCACUGGUGGGUGGGUGGUGGAUGGUCACAGGUGGGCAUGGCACAGAUGGGCACAGGUGGGCAUGGCACAGAUGGGCAUGGCACAGAUGGGCAUGGCACAGAUGGGCAUGGCACAGGGGGCACCAUCAUCCUCUGGCUGUGCUGCUGCUGCAUGUGGGGGGUCAGGGACAGCACUGCACUACCGUCCACCCUCCACUCAGUCUCCCUUUUCCCCUCUCCCCCCGCUUCCCCUUCCCUCCCUCCGUCCACAGGUGUUCAUAGCAGCGGGCACCAUCAUCCUCUGGGUGGGGUUCUUCGGGUUCAACGGCGGCUCAGUGCAGUACCUGGGGCAGCCCGCCUCCGUGUGGGUGGCCGACGUCGCGCGCGUGUGCGCCAACACCACCGUGUGCGCCGCCUUUGCGGGCGUGGCGGUGUGGUUUGUGACGUACCGGCGGAGGGAGCCGAAUCUGGAGGACACGCUGAACGGCGUGAUUGGCGGGCUCGUGGCCGCCUGUGCCACGAGCAGUAUUGUGGAGGCAUAUGCUGCGUGCAUCAUUGGUGAGUGCAUGCAGGGAGCUGGUGGGUCGGUGGUAAGGAGCUGGUGGGCUACGUUGGCAGAUACGCGUCCCAGGGUAUAA